GAGGUCUCGCGUCUGCAGCAGUGUCUCUCGGGAGCGACUUCCCCCGGCUGUUGCUUCUUUCCCGCCCCGAAGUGUUUUGCCGCCUGCCUUUCUCUUUCCGAGGGGGCGCAGGACAGGGCGGGGAAGAGCUGCGCGCGGCGGGGAGUCGUGCGGCGCAGCCGGCUCGGGGUUGAGCAGCGACGCUUCGUCUGGGCGGCAUCGGAGGCGAAGCAGGAGAAGGCGGCGGCGGCGGCGACAAGGCGCAGGUGGAUUCGCCCGCUGCCGGCCGUCCCCCGGCGGCUGAGGCGAUAUGCCCGCGGUGCAGAAAACCGUGUCGGAGCUGCGGUUCAGGGCGGAGGGAUAUGAGAAGACAGAUGAUGUUUCAGAGAAGACAUCGCUUGCUGAUCAGGAGGAAGUGAGAACUAUUUUUAUCAAUCAACCGCAAUUCUCUAAAUUUUGUAACAAUCAUGUCAGCACUGCAAAAUACAAUUUCAUCACAUUCCUGCCAAGGUUCCUUUAUUCCCAGUUCAGAAGAGCUGCUAAUGCAUUUUUUCUUUUCAUUGCAUUGCUUCAGCAAAUUCCAGAUGUUUCACCAACAGGACGUUAUACAACCUUGGUUCCUCUCUUAUUUAUUUUAGUAGUAGCAGCAGUUAAAGAAAUUAUAGAAGAUGUUAAAAGGCACAAAGCUGAUAAUGCUGUGAACAAGAAGCAAAUACAAGUACUGAGAAAUGGAGCUUGGGAAAUAGUUCACUGGGAAAAGAUUGCAGUAGGGGAAAUAGUGAAAGUGACCAAUGGGGAACAUCUCCCAGCUGAUCUCAUCAGUCUGUCAUCAAGUGAACCACAAGCUAUGUGCUACAUUGAAACAUCAAAUUUAGAUGGUGAAACUAAUCUAAAAAUACGACAGGGUUUGCCAUUGACAUCAGAGAUAAAGGACAUGGACAGUUUGAUGAGACUUUCAGGCAGAAUUGAAUGUGAAAGUCCUAACAGACAUCUGUAUGACUUUGUUGGAAAUAUCAGACUAGAAGGGCAUGGCACUGUUCCACUGGGACCUGAUCAGAUACUUCUGCGUGGAGCUCAGCUAAGAAAUACACAGUGGGUUCAUGGAAUAAUUGUUUACACAGGACAUGAUACAAAACUCAUGCAGAACUCAACAAGCCCACCUCUUAAACUGUCUAAUGUGGAAAGAAUUACAAACAUUCAAAUUCUGUUUUUGUUCUGCAUUCUUAUUGCUAUAUCAUUGAUUUGUUCCAUUGGUUCAGUUAUAUGGAAUCAAAAACAUGAGGAGAGGGAUUGGUAUAUCAAUCUAAAUUAUGGUGGUGCUAGUAAUUUUGGACUGAAUUUCCUGACUUUUAUAAUUCUCUUCAAUAACCUCAUUCCAAUCAGUUUGUUGGUUACACUAGAAGUGGUUAAAUUUAUUCAAGCAUAUUUCAUAAAUUGGGAUAUUGAUAUGCAUUAUGAACCUACAGACACUGCUGCGAUGGCUCGCACAUCCAAUCUCAAUGAAGAACUUGGCCAGGUCAAAUACAUCUUUUCUGACAAAACUGGUACCCUGACCUGCAAUGUAAUGCAAUUUAAGAAGUGUACUAUUGCAGGAAUAGCUUAUGGCCAUUCUCCUGAAUCAGAGGAUUAUGGCUAUUCUGCAGAUGAUUGGCAGAGUUCUGAAGCCAAAGAGGAUAAAAUGUUUAGUGAUCCAUCUUUACUGGAAAAUCUCCAAAACAAACAUCCAACUGCACCUAUAAUUUGUGAGUUUUUAACCAUGAUGGCAGUGUGCCAUACAGCAGUUCCAGAAAGAGAGGAUGAUAAGUUAAUUUAUCAAGCAGCAUCUCCAGAUGAAGGCGCAUUGGUUAGAGCAGCCAAACAUCUUCAGUUUGUUUUCACUGGAAGAACACCAGACUCUGUAAUUAUAGAAUCACUUGGACAGGAAGAAAGAUACGAAUUGCUAAAUGUGCUAGAAUUUACAAGUGCCAGGAAAAGAAUGUCUGUGAUUGUCCGUACACCUACAGGAAAAUUAAGACUAUACUGCAAAGGGGCUGACACAGUGAUUUAUGAUCGCCUGGCUGAAAAUUCAAGAUACAAGGAAAUCACCUUGAAACAUUUAGAGUUGUUUGCUACUGAAGGAUUGAGAACACUUUGUUUUGCGGUUGCUGAGAUUACAGAAAAUGACUAUUAUGAAUGGCUAAAUGUCUAUCAAAGAGCUGCAGUAUCUGUACAAAACAGAACACUAAAACUUGAAGAAAGUUAUGAAUUAAUUGAAAAAAAUCUUCAAUUACUUGGAGCUACAGCCAUAGAAGAUAAGUUACAAGAUCAAGUGCCUGAAACAAUAGAAACUCUAAUGAAAGCAGAUAUCAAAAUUUGGAUCCUUACUGGAGAUAAACAAGAGACUGCUAUUAACAUUGGCCACUCAUGUAAACUCUUGAGAAAGAAUAUGGGGCUUCUUGUCAUAAAUGAAGGAUCUCUUGAUGCAACACGAGAGACAUUAAGCCAUCAUUGCAGCACCCUAGGAGAUGCUUUGAGGAAAGAAAAUGAUUUUGCUCUUAUUAUCGAUGGCAAAACACUGAAGUAUGCCUUGACUUUUGGUGUAAGGCAAUAUUUUCUGGAUUUGGCUCUGUCAUGUAAAGCUGUUAUUUGUUGCAGGGUUUCACCUCUUCAGAAAUCUGAGGUUGUAGAAAUGGUUAAGAAGCAAGUAAAAGUUGUAACGCUAGCAAUUGGUGAUGGAGCAAAUGAUGUGAGCAUGAUACAGACAGCACACGUUGGUGUUGGUAUUAGUGGAAAUGAAGGGCUACAAGCAGCUAAUUCGUCAGAUUAUUCAAUAGCUCAGUUCAAGUACUUGAAGAACUUGCUCUUGGUCCAUGGUGCCUGGAAUUAUAGCAGAAUUGCUAAGUGCAUCUUAUACUGCUUCUACAAGAAUAUCGUCCUUUAUAUCAUUGAGAUAUGGUUUGCAUUUGUUAAUGGAUUUUCUGGACAAAUACUAUUUGAAAGGUGGUGCAUAGGACUUUACAAUGUGAUGUUUACAGCUAUGCCUCCACUGACACUUGGAAUAUUUGAGAGAUCAUGUCGCAAAGAAAAUAUGCUAAAAUACCCUGAAUUAUACAAAACUUCUCAAAAUGCCCUGGAUUUUAACUCCAAGGUUUUCUGGGUUCAUUGUUUAAAUGGCCUCUUCCACUCAGUAAUUCUGUUUUGGUUUCCACUAAAGGCCAUCCAAUAUGAUACUGUAUUUGCCAGUGGUAAAACGUCAGAUUACUUGCUUUUGGGAAAUGCAGUAUAUACAUUUGUGGUAAUAACUGUGUGUUUAAAAGCCGGAUUAGAAACUUCAUAUUGGACUUUGUUCAGCCAUAUAGCUAUAUGGGGCAGCAUUGCACUGUGGGUGGUAUUCUUUGGAAUCUACUCUUCUUUGUGGCCUCUCAUUCCAAUGGCACCUGAUAUGUCUGGGGAGGCAGCUAUGUUGUUCAGUUCUGGUGUCUUCUGGAUGGGCUUAUUUAGUAUUCCAAUGACAGCACUGAUCUUCGACGUAGUAUACAAAGUAAUCAAGCGAGCAGCAUUUAAGACGCUAGUAGAUGAAGUUCAGGAGUUGGAAGCAAAAUCUCAAGACCCAGGAGCUGUUGUCCAUGGGAAAAGCUUAACUGAAAGAGCUCAGCUACUGAAAAAUGUCUUUAAGAAAAACCAUGUCAAUCUGUACCGCUCUGAAUCGCUGCAACAAAACUUGCUUCAUGGCUAUGCUUUCUCUCAAGAUGAAAAUGGGAUUGUUUCACAAUCUGAAGUAAUAAGAGCCUAUGAUACUACAAAACAGAGACCUGAUGAAUGGUGAAGGAGAACAAUAUCAGAGAGCUGUGAUAUUUGCCAUAGUAAGGGAAACUAAUAUGCAUUUUCUGGGCCUGUUAACAAUGUCCAGUAACAGAGGUUAGAGGAAGGCGUAUGUUGUUGCUCUUAUUCCCUGAUGUUCACAUAUUGAGUAGACAUAAGCACUGUGCAACUAUACUGUAAUACACCAUCUCUCAAUUUUUCAACAAGUGUUACUUGGAUUUUGUAUACAGAGUUUGAAAGUUCCAGACUGCUUAUUUACAGAGAAGCUGAAUAUGUAUUGUUUCUAUACGUGCAUCUGGAACAUAAUGAACAGCCAGAUUAAUCAACAUAGUAUACAUUGACAACCACAGUGCUUGCAAAGGUUUACAAAUGGUGACUAUAUUAAAAGUAACGAGCCUUUGAUUUCAACAAGUGCUAAGUAACUAUUUUUAAAUGACAUUAAUUCAUGUGUUGAAGUAAGAUUUCAAAGCAAGAUAUUUGUAGGGAAUUGUGUCAAACUAGCCUAAGAAGUUUGCCAAAGAAGUUCCAUAUUUCUUAUUUUAAUCAUUUGCCGAGAAAUUUUAAAUGAUAGUGAUGGCAAUGUCACAUGUAAUAUCAGAAUUGCAUGCUUCAUAUUCUGUACUUGAAAAGUUUUACAACAAUGUGAAUUUAAUACAGGUUGCUUUUUAUUGCAUUCAUUUUCAGAUCUGUAGUCACUUUCACCUUUGGCCUUAUAUAAGUCUUUCUUUUUUCUUCAUGUUCAUUUAAUAGAAAAGAGUAAAUUUAACACAGCAGAUAUUUUCCAUGUAAGGGACAUGAGUCUUUGAGACUUGAUUGACUUACAGACAAAUACUGGUCUACCUUCUGUCUUUUUCCUGCACUAAAUAAGCCUGAUCUGGGGACACAUGUGCAGAGGAAUGAUCCGUGAGUAAAUAUGUUCCCCUACCAUCAUACACAAGCAUAUGAUCACUGCUUCCAUUUUUAAUCGCCCUUGUUACAUGUGGAGGCCAGGCUGCAAGAGGGUCAAGCUGCCUUCAUUCAAGUUAUUUUCCCCAGAUGAAAGAGCAACCAUGUGUUUGUCUAGAUAUGAUGCAGAAACAUGGAACAUGCAUUCUAUGCAGAUUUUCUCCCAUGUAACACUUCUUGCAUAUAUAGGACUCAAAUGAGAAUUAUGUACCAGGUAGAGAAACCUUUUUCCAUGCAUAGAUUGUACUUACUAGACUGAGGCACAAGUAUAUUUGAAAAUGCUGGGUUAUAUUUGCAAUUAAUCAUAAGAGUUUUUUAUGUGCAUUUGGCUACAAACAACUCUUGUUGAUUUUCUUAUUUUAAAAGAACAAGGAACAGUUUGCACUAUAAUACAAGUAUUUAUUUUUGUUGUCAAAUUUAAUCUAUGAGUACAGUCCCAACUUAAAUUAGACAAUGCUGAAGAUUUCAACCAAUAGAUUUUUUGUAUUUUCUUUAAUGUAAAUAUUCGUAUAUAUGCUACUAAGGAAAGUAAACUAUCAAAGUAUUCGUAUUCUAGUCAGUAAUAUAAGACUAUUCUCCUCAUAACUAGAAAUAUUUUAAUUAAAUGUUUUUAGAUAUGUCAAUUUGUAAAACCAGGAUGAGAAAGACAGGAUCUGAUAUAAUAUUGCAAAUUAAUUUGUACACUGCUAUGAGUUUUUAGAAGCCAUUUCAGUUUCUCUAUUUUUGAAAUAUUUUUAUAAAAGGUUCCAUCUCUGACUUGAGUACACUGUACAACUGUUCUACCUUUCUAAAGAGAAGUAUAAAGUCAAAUAUACAUAUUCUGAUAAAUGCAGUGUUUGUGUGUGAUUGUUACCACGUUGGAUCCAACUUGCAAAGCAAUGUAUAGCAGAAACACUUUUUUUAAUAAAUGACCCAGAAUGUUUCAUA